GUAAUAUUUAUGACAUCGUCCUCCUAUACCAUUUUCCAUAUAAUCAUGAACUGUAUGCAUAUUUAGAGGGGAAAAAAACAAAUCAUUGAUUGGAGUGAACCGCUUGAUACUUCCUUAUACGUAAUAUUGUUAUGGAUGAUUGUGAUCAUUCAUUACAUAUAUGCUCUAUAAAAUUAAAACCCAAAGAAGUUUUUCAUAAAUUAGAUAGAGUUAGCUUUAUCUACAUCAUUCAGUCUGUUUCAUCCAACAAGAAAAGAAACUAAACCGCGAUGGAAGCAAAAGGAGAAACUCAGUGGAGCUCUAUUAUAGUUCCUUCGGUUCAAGAGAUGGUGAAGGAGAAGAUGAUCACGACUGUUCCUCCCAGGUAUGUUCAGUCGGACCAAGAGAAAUCUGGAGUGACCAGUGAUUCUGGUCUGAUACCAGAGAUCCCAAUCAUCGAUAUGAAGCGGUUGUGUUCUCCCACCUCCGUGGACUCUGACUCUGAGCUUGUGAACCAUGGAAUUGACGCAAGUUUCAUGGACAAAACAAAGUUGGAGAUUCAAGAUUUUUUCAACCUCCCCAUGGAAGAAAAGAAGAAGUUCUGGCAGCAACCAGAUGAGAUGGAAGGUUUCGGACAAGCUUUUGUGAUGUCAGAAGAUCAGAAACUCGAUUGGUCAGAUAUGUUCUUCUUUAUAGUGCAACCUGCUCAACUACGCAAGCCUCACUUGUUCCCCAAGUUACCUCUUCCCUUUAGGUUUUGCAUGCAUACAAAUGUGCUAACAUUCUCAACUAUCUCCCAAAAUUAUCUUUGUUUACACUUUUUAAUGUUUUUCAGAGACACAUUGGAGAUGUAUUCGGCUCAAGUUAAGAGCAUAGCUAAGAUUUUAAUAGCUAAAAUGGGUGAAGCCCUGCAGAUCAAACCUGAGGAAAUUGAGAAAAUAUUUGGUGAUGAUAUGUUCCAGAGUAUGAGGAUGAAUUACUACCCUCCAUGUCCGGAGCCCCAUCAGGUAAUCGGUGUAACUCCGCAUUCCGAUGCGGCUGCACUCACCAUAUUGUUGCAGGUGAAUGACGUUGAAGGUCUCCAAAUCAAGAAAGAUGGCAAAUGGGUUUUUGUCAAACCGCUACCAAACGCUUUCAUUGUCAAUGUUGGAGACGUCUUAGAGAUCAUAACGAACGGGAUAUACAAAAGCAUCGAGCAUCGAGUAGUGGUGAACUCUGAGAAAGAAAGGCUGUCUUUUGCGACAUUUCAUAAUCCAGGACUGAAUAAAGAAAUUUCUCCAGCGAAAAGCCUCGUUGAAAACCAAAAGAAGUGUGCAAAAUUUAAAAGCCUGAUGACUAAAGACUACUUGAAGGGGUUGUUCUCCCGUGAACUCUACGGAAAGGCUUAUCUGGAUGCUCUGAGAAUCUAAUGGGGAAGUGGUAUCUUGUUUCCCAAGAAACUCGGUCUUUCUCCAGACUAGUCCAUUGCUCUGUUUCUGCUUCUGUCUUGCCUCUGGUUUACAAAUAUUAGAUAUUAGCUUGUGGGUUUGAUAUCAUAAGACCAUAGCUAGUAGGUUUGGUAUCAUAAUAAGACCAUAACUUGUGUUUCUUUGUUUCUUAACGUUAGUGAGUCACUGAAAGUACUUAUGUAAGAAUAGUAGCACAUGUUCUGU